CUGGCCUUCAACUUCAUGUCGGUUGGCAUUUCGUACUUACUACCACCGAUGAGAUCUAGAUGAGCCUAAAGAAGACUGCAGGAUGCAGUUCAUGCCGAUUCGCUGGACGUUCAACGGUUUAAUGUUUCCAGUUAGUCAACGAUCAACUGACAGCAUCGAUUUCCUUAUGUAUGUACUACUAUGAUGCAGGUCCGACUUAGACCGCAUCAAUUUGAAACUUCUCGACCCAUCCAGCCUUUUCCAACUCGCGGGUGUGUUAACCUUCUGAACCCUCUACCCAACGAACGUCGAAGAUGAGCGGGCCCAAGUCUCCACUCAUUCAUCAUAUCGACAUAGAAAACUAUGGCUCCACGCAAACAUGUCAAGAUGAUGGAGUAAUCGCGAACGAACCACUCAGCUUCACUGCCAGAAAUGCUGGGAUGCUAUUCAUCAUAUACUCCCAGUUUUUCUUCGCUUCCAUGGAUAUCUCAGUAAAGUUACUGAACGGCUUGGAGCCUCCGGUGCACGCACUUCAGGAUGGACUGUCAUGGGGGUCCCCGAUCCGAUCACUGGCCCCUAAAGGUGUUCGAAUGAUGCUGUUCAUUCGUAGUGUCACUGGGUUUUUUGGGCUAUCUGGCAUGUACUGGUCACUCCAGUACUUGUCUGUCGCAGAUGCGACGGUCUUGGUUUUUUUAACACCUCUGACGACAGCGGUGGCUGGGUCUGUGUUUUUGAAAGAGAGCUACUCCGUCAAGCAAGCUGUCGCGGCAGUUUUCAGUUUACUCGGGGUUGUCCUCAUAGGCAGACCCGCAUUCCUAUUUGGCUCCCUGAAUGCUGUUCCUCAAGGACUCCCAGACACGGUCCCUGCGCAAAGGCUGGCGGGUGUUGUGGCAUGUAUGGUCAGCGUACUCGGAAAUACUGGAGCAUAUACUUCGAUACGCGCAAUUGGGAAGCGCGCUCACCCGAUGCACGUAAUGUCAUUAUUUUCAUUAUGGUCCACAAUUAUAUCAUCUUUGGGGAUGGUUGUCUUCGAUAUUCCCGUUGUAUAUCCUACAUCGUGGAUGUGGAUACUUCUGCUGUUCACGGUCGGUGUUUUCGGCUUUGCAGCGCAGGUGCGUACAGUGCCAGUGAUUCUGCAUUUACUUACUGGUAGUUCACUAUGAUUUUAGACUCUUUUGACGAUGGGACUACAGCGAGAAACUGUGUCGCGUGGUGUCACUGGCAUGUAUGCCCAGGUGCUUUUCGCUGUGGUGCUCGAACGCCUAUUCUUCGGAAUUAUACCGUCUUUACUGUCAGUUCUCGG